AGAAGUAAAACGACUGUGCUAUUUGGUAGCUUAGCCCGAGUGAUCCUGCAAAUAUGUGACAAAUGUGAGGUUAACCACAUUUCGGACACACUCUCUACUUUAACUGCCAUUACCCGCAUACCAUGGCGGACUACCAGUUUGUUUUUGACACGGACAAAAAGCCGAAAAGGACUGUCGCUGUUCCUGUUGCUCUUGUUGUUAUUGCAGCUAGCGCCAGCGUUAGCUGAAUGAGCUAACAGCGCUGUCUUCGCUCUCAGUGUAACCCGAUGUUGAUUCAUUUCUGCGGCCAGGAAACCGCAAACCGAGGUAACUCUGGAGCAAGUUGCAGCCGUAAACAACUGACCUGAGCAAUGUUUGGGUCCCGAUUAUUUACUCGUUGCGUAAUUGGCCGUAGCCAGUUUUUUAGGCAAGGUUGUAGUGAACGAUUUGCUGAGGUUCUUUAAGUGAAAUUAACCAUCAACCGCAGAAGACGCCUCAAUUAAACAUGGUAUCAUCAGCUAAGGUUAGCUAACACGCCUAAUGCAGCCUGCACCGUAAGCUUGAACGUGAACUAGUUUGCGUUGUUGCUGUCUAAAUGUUUGGAGAUGGAGCAGCAGACAGCAGCCAGUGAGAUGGCUCUCGUUCUUCACAGCACUUCUGUCUGAGCUGUACGUCUGUGAAAGAAGAAAUCAUGUCUUGCAAAGCCGCAACCAAGGACAAGAAGUCCAGCUUCAGCAAGAAGCUGUUCAGGAGAGGCUCUGUGCGGUCUGUGGGCAGUUUUAUGAGCAGAGUCCUGAGGACACUGACAGCGUUGUCUCACUUUGGCUCUGAAGUGCAAACAGAAGAUGACAAAGAUGAUGGAGGAUUUUCCACGUUUAAACCUGGAAGUAAAGAUGUGCCCAUGGAUGAUGGGGACCUCGGGAGUUUGCUGUCCGGAGACAGAAUUCCUGGAGUGUCUGGUCUCAAAAACCACGGGAAUACCUGCUUCAUGAAUGCAAUUCUGCAGUGCCUCAGUAACACUGAGCUGUUUGCUGAGUACCUGGUUUUGGAGCACUAUAAAGACGAUGAGCUGGAUGAGGACAAACCAAAGACAAAUGGUGUACAUCUGCAGAAGAAGGGCCCUCUGGCCAAAGGAGAAGUUACAGAGCAGCUGUCAGGACUUGUGCGGGCUUUAUGGACCUUUGAGUACACCCCCCAGCAUAGUAGGGAUUUUAAGAAUGCCGUGUCAAAAAAUGCCACCCAGUUUAAAGGGAAUGCUCAGCACGAUGCUCAAGAGUUUCUACUGUGGCUGCUGGACAGAGUACACGAGGACCUCAAUACUGUCAACCCCAACAGCAGGCCUGCGAUAAAGCCACCUAUUGAAGAAGAUGACCAAAGCAUAGAGGGGCCAUCUCCUCCUCUCUCUGCUGGGUCGUUUGUACAGGAGCUGUUUCAGGCUCAGUACAGGUCUUCUCUCACCUGCCCACAUUGUCAAAAGCAGAGCAAUACGUUUGAUCCCUUCCUCUGCAUCUCCUUACCGAUCCCAUUACCACACACACGGCCCUUGUAUGUGACAGUGGUCUACCAGGGGAAGUACUCUCACUGUAUGAGGAUUGGAGUUGCUGUUCCCCUCAACAGCACUGUCUAUCGCCUCAGAGAUGCUGUGUCACGUGAGACCAAGAUCCCAAUGGACCAGUUUGUUUUGACUGAAAUGUACUAUGAUGGUUUUCAUCGUUCAUUUUGCGAUGAUGAUGACGAUCUUGACAUCAUUCAAGAGAGCGAUUCCAUAUUUGCCUUUGAGACACCAGAGACCUUCAAACUGGAAAACAUACGCACAAAAAGAGGAAGUCUUCUGGCAAACCUGAAUCAUAACAACUUGAAGUAUGGAACAGAAAUCAGCAGGACGCCGUCUUUCAUGCAGGGGGCCAUGACUCCUUUAACUGCAUCGCCCAAUAAAAACCUGGGACCAGAAAAAAUUAUCCUUCUGGUGUGUAACAGAGCUUGCAGUGGCCACCAAGGAAAGAGGUUCGGACUGCCUUUUGUACUGUACAUGGAGCGCACUGUGACCUGGGAUGCUCUACAGAAAGAGAUCCUGGAGAAAAUGAGACAUCUAUUGAGACCUGGGGUCUAUAUACAGGUUGGACCUUUCAGUCUUCGGGUGGUUGGCGUUGUUGGAAUCACCUACCUCCUUCCUCAAGAUGAGCGACCAUUGUGUCACCCGACUGUGGAUAGAGCAUACAAGUCCUGUGGACAAGGGGGGCCACCACAUGUGAAGAUUGUGGUGGAGUGGGACAAAGAGACCAAGGACUAUCUGUUUGGACACACUGAGGAAGAGUACAUUCCUGAUGCUGAGAGUGUGUAUCUGCACAGGGAACAACAUCAUCAGCCGCAGGCUUGCACCCUCGCUCAGUGCUUUCAGCUCUACACCAAGGAGGAGCAGCUGGCCCCAGACGAUGCCUGGCGCUGUCCCCACUGCAAGCAGCUGCAGCAGGGCCGCAUUAAGCUCAGCCUGUGGACACUACCGGAUGUGCUCAUACUGCAUCUCAAGAGGUUCAGACAGGAGGGGGACCGGAGGGUGAAGAUGCAGAACAUGGUACGGUUCCCGCUGAUGGGCAUGGACAUGGCACCCCAUGUGGUUAAAAGAAGCCAGAGCAGCUGGAGUUUACCUUCUCAUUGGUCACCAUGGAGACGGCCAUAUGGCCUGGGUAGAAACCCAGAUGACUACCUGUAUGACUUGUAUGCUGUGUGCAACCACCAUGGAAACAUGCACGGAGGCCACUACACAGCCUACUGUAAGAACUCAAUUGACGGUCAGUGGUACUGCUUUGAUGACAGUGAGGUUUCACCAGUAGCUGACGAUGACGUGUGUCAGCAGACGGCCUAUAUACUGUUCUACCAGCGGAGGACAGCUAUUCCCUCGUGGUCAGCCAACAGCUCUGUUGCUGGUUCCACCAGUUCAUCCCUGUGUGACCACUGGAUCAACAGGUUACCUGGCAGUAGGCCUGCUAGCUUGGCCUCUGGAGCCUCAUCCAGACGCACCUCUCUGGCAUCCCUGGCUGAGUCCGGAGAGUUUCCAGGAGAACGCAGUGAAGAUGAUGGAGGAUUCUCAGUCCGCCCUUUUGUGAGGAGCAUUCAGCGCCAGAGCUUGUCUUCCAGGUCGUCCAUCGCUAGCCCGUUAGCUUUCAGCGACAGUGGAAUAAAGCCUUCUUGGUCGCUCUCUGCGAAGCUGCACAUGAGAUCCAACUCGCCGUCGCGUUUCUCACUCGACUCUCGAUGUUCUCCUCCUCUAGAGAGGAUAGGAGAGGCCUGCGAUGACAAGGUUUCCACGUCCUGUUUUGGCAGCUACAGUAGACAUGAGCGCUACUUUGGCAGCAGGUCUCCUCUGUCUAUGAUGGAAAGCAACUUGAGUGACCAGGACAACAAUAAAAGGUUCCUCGAUAUGAUGUACUGCAGGGCUCCCACUCCAGUGGAAAAGAAGAGCACCAAAAAUGAGCCAACAGAAAAUAACAACCAGAUUACAGCUAUAGACCAAAACAUUCUACCUACCCAAGCUACUCCCUCCAAAGAACAGAAACGUAAGAGCAGUAUCGGAGGAUUUGCCUCAAAGGCAGAAAGCACAGGCUCCACAAAGAGUUCCACCAAAGUGGAGCAAGAGAAAACCUCCAAAAAGCGUUUGUGCUCAACCUACAAGACCUCCACUUCUGAGACGUCUUCCAGUACACCUGUGAAAGGCAAAAAGAUGAGCAAUACUAAAGAAAAGAGUGUAAAUGCCAAGAAAAGCACCUCUACACCCAGUGGAACUCCCUCCAAAACAAAGGAAGCAACGCAACCCACAGAGGCAACGCCACAACAUAAGCCAUGCGUCCGCUCCACACCUCAGUCCUCAGCUUCUCCCUCACCAACGGCAAAGAAGAAUUCCAGUGUCACUGAGAAAGGCUCUACAAGUAGUCGAAAAAAGCUGGUAGAAAGGAGCUACAGCAGAGAUUCUAUGCACACUAGCCCUCUGGUCGACAAUCUCCGAGGCAGCACGGUAGCUCGCUCUUCGCCGUCUAAGAGUGGGGAAAGCAACCGACCUGAGAGGAGGUUUGUGAGGAGCUCCAGCAGCAGCUCUUCUGUCACUAGCCUGCGCUCACCCAGCAUAUCCACCAGAGAUCUGCAGCGCAGCAGCAAACCUGAGGAUAAAGGGUUGUCUUUCUUCAAGAGUGCCCUUCGACAAAGGGAAAGCCGCCGGUCGGCUGAUUUAGGAAAAAGCACCCUGCUUGCCAAAAAGGCCUCCGAGAGGACAUGCAAGCAGAAUGGACAAGCCAAGGACAUCAGUGGUGAUAAGGGAAAGACAGAAGACGCUGUGUCCUCACAGACGUCUAUAGAGACUCAUGGAGGUGAGACAAAAUCAGAGACAAAGGCGUCUUCCAAGCCCCCCAGCUCUCUCAGUCGCACUCUAUUAAACGUUGGCAAAUCCAAGUCUUCCAGUUCUGAAGUAAGUCUCAAGUCUCCCGCAAACGGGAAGAAGCCUCUUGAAAGGAUGGCAUCUUCCCGAAAGCUGUCAUCAAGCAUGCAAUCUCCUGCACGUACAACACCGAGGCCUCAAUGAUACAACUAUAGUACAUUGAACUCACAUAAUGCAGCUAUUUUCUUUGUGCCUAAGUUUCAGUGAGCACCAGAUGUAUUUGUAAAGAGACCAUUUUUGAUGUUGUGUUUUUUUACACUCACAUCAGAUGCAUAUGCUGGCUUUGAGGUUUGAAUAUUGGCUGCCAGCUUUGAGUAUUUUUAGCUGUACUGGAUAAAAGAUGAAGAACACUUGCCUGGUAUGCUGCCAGUCCUAGUUUUUAAAGCAGUGUAUAUUACUAAUUACCACUUUUGAGCAUUAGAUAUGAUAUUGAUACAAGUGAGAAAAUUGAGUGCAGGGUGAUCGCUUGACACAUAAAAUGUUUUCUGGCAUGAAAGGUACAUGAGCAUGCCAUAUGCAUUCAGCUGUACAGCACGUAUUUGAUUGUGCUGACAGCUGACAGAAUUCCCUGUUGGAAUCUUGAAAUCCAAUUAUCUUUUUUUCCAGACAAGAGGCUUGUUAUAUCUUUGCAUCGCAGCAAACAGUACGUUUCGUUUGCUUGAAAAAUAUCCUGCCGGAAAAACCUGAUUUGAGCCGCAGCACUGUACAUUAAGAUACAUUCACCUUGUAUGCACCAAUAAUGCAUAAUUGGUCAUGUAGAGUAACAUUUUGAACUGAUAGAUUCUUUCAGAAAUAAGCUGGCUGUUGAUGUUUAAACCUGACUGUUCUAAAAGCAUCAGUGAGAACAGAACCGUAACAUCAAAAAUAGUCUCUGGACAAAACUGAGUUGAUGCUCACACACACACACACGCACACACACACACACACACAUACACACACUCACACAAACACAAAAGAGUUUCAUUCCGAAAUAAUUGUGGCUAAAAAUUCGUAGUAGUUUUCAUUGAUUGUUUUAAGUAAAACCUGCAAUCUGUUUUUCAAAUACUCUCUGCAUACACCUCAAGCAUUGGUUCAUAGGGGGUAGUAUGAGAGGAUUUUGUUUAAAGCUAUGGAGGAAAAGACAUUAGUUAACGAUAUGCACUAAUAAGUACUUUAAUGAGAGUACCGAGGAUUGAUGCGUAGCCGAAAAGACAAAUAAGAGACGAUUUUAAACUUCCUGAUUAUGAAAGAAAUGUAGAGAUUAUACAGAUGGCAGGCCCUGGACCAAAACAGAAAAUGAUUUGAGAUGACAAAUCAGUCAGUACACACAUCAAGACAAAUUUUCCAAUAUUUUAAAACUUUAUUUUUGUUUAAUACAAGUACUUUUUCGAUAGAAAUGUAUUUUAUCAAGUUAACUACUUUUUUCUCUCAAAGGGACGGUGUGUUUUGGAAUGAAACCCUUUAAAAUCAACGUAUAUAAUUACAUAUAUGUGUCUGUACAAAAUAUACAGUAUAUAACCAUUUUUCCUUUCCAUGAGCAAGAUGAAAAUAAUCUUAAGCGCCUUUCAAUGCUGUACACAGAAACAAAUAAUUGCCUUUGGCAACAUUGUAGUCUACUACUGUAUGCAUCACUGAGUAGGAAUGUUGAAUUUGUUCGCACUUUGUAUAGAUAAAGUAGUUUUCUUUUACCCAGAACAAGCAUAUAUAUAUAUAUAUAAAUACACACUAACUUAAAAUGUAAUUAUCUCAUUUUUAAUACGUUGUCGGUUCAUGAGUUCCAGACAUAUCGUAAAGUAUCGUCAACAGGCCUUAGACUUGAAAUGGUAAAAGGGUACAUUCAUCUCAAUGUUUCAGGGGUCAUUUUAAGAAAUCACCUCUUUACUACACCUGGUGCUGUAACAGACCGAUGCUCCUCUGGCACUGAUAUUUCUUAAAUGAGCAUAUUUUCAAAUGCUGAUGUUCAGAGCUGUGACCACACACUUCAGUGAACCAGAAAUCUGUCGGCAGCAUUUAUCAUAACCUGUGGUACCUCACUGGAGAAAAUGAUACGUUGCCAUUUUUUUUCCUUCAUCAGGCUGAAACAGAAUAUUAAUAAUGAGCCAUGUAAUCAGAAGUACAUUUAUAUUGUCUCUGAGCAGUUGUUGUCCAAAUAUGAAUAUAUAGGCUGAAUUAUCUAAACUGCAUGGUAUAUUUAUUUUGCAGUGUAAUGAUAGAGGCAGGAUUUGGUCACUGCAGCUGUUAUGAUGCUUGGUGGUCUUUUUUUUCACCAAGCAUUUUUUUUCCAUCAGCUUUAUUAUUGUUGAAUUACCCCAACUGCAAUUGCAAUAUUCAUACGUUAGAUACCAGCACAGUGUAUGUUUUAAAUGAAUGAAUGUGGUUAUGCCAUUUAAAUCAAGCAUUAGUAAGUAGUUUUUACUUUAAAAAUUAACAUAAUCUUUAAAUUAUAGAUCUACCAUAUUUCUCUCAACUGUUUCUCUGUAGCAUCUACCAGGUUUACAUUGGUUCUCAGAUGGUUUCAGAAGAAAUACCACUCAAUUUAAAGAUUUAUGUAUGAUAUUUAAAUGGUCUUUGGUCAAGUCAGCAGCCUUAUUGUGCCUGGCUUUAAAUGGGUCACACUGUUUUUGGUCAGAAGGAUUUGCCUUUGGAGUAAGCAGUGCAAAUCAAAUAGUGAGAGCAGUUUUCUACAUCCCGUGAUGUAUAAAUUAGAUGUGAGGCAACACAGCCGCACCACGUUUUUCUGGUGGAAUGCAUACAGCUUGUUUUCUAACCAGGCAUCAUUAUUUGUUACUCAGAGAUUCAAGCUGUGAACAAGCUGUUCAUCACUGCACUGUUGGCAGCCAAAAUUGCUAUAUGGUGACAUUUUUAACCUAAAUUCUGCCCAGAAAUGCUUUAUUAAAACAGCCAUCUGUUGAGAAUACUAAUUAGGCCAUAGAAACAUCACAACACAUAACAAACAUACAUUAUGUAUUUGUUUACUCAUACCUGUAGUUGGGUAAGGUUCUGAAUACAUUUCUUUCUAAAAUGUAAAACCAGAUCAUCAAACCUGACAUUUAGAGGGGAAAAAAAACCUUCUGAAGAGUCUCAGUCAGUUUACCUGUUAAGGGAUCAACAUGAACAACACAAAAACCCUUUUAUGCAUUCUUAUUAUCUUUAUUACUGUCACAAGCUAACCAACAGCUCAGUCUCCCAAAACCUUGUGGGACCCUUUUAGUCUCCCACCAUUGGGAGAGACAAAGAAAUACAGUGGCUAUUUUGUUCAAACUGCCAGUGACCAUAGAAAUAACAUGCUGCUGUUUAAAUGUGGUGGUAUUCCUUUAGCUGCUCUUUUCUACUUUACAAUGUAUUCUAUCAGGAACCUGUGCAUGGCACUUUGGAUCAAAGCAGGACAAUUUUAUGUCAUUUUGGCUUUCACCGGCUUGUUUGCCUGUUAUAAAGUCUGUUAUUAAGUUGUAGUGGCUAGUGUACAUUUUAGAGCUGGAUCAUGCCAUUGCACUUAUGUGUUGUCUAUUCCUUCACUUGCUAAAUAAGACGUUUAUUGGUCCAUUUACGCAGCCAAAACCUAGUGCAUUAGGAUGUGAGGCCCCUCACUUUUGACAUUUUGAAUUAGUUUUUGGUGGCAUUGUAAACUAGGAUCAGUUGACAAUGUGAGUCAUACUGUGUACUGCUCUUAAUAUUUAAAUAUUUUGUUACAUUUUAUGAUUGAAUUAUUUUUCUCUACAGUAAUCUGAAAGCUGAAGCCUGUCCAUUUUUUUCAUUUAUCCAUAAUGAUUACGUUUAUAGUCACCACAUUGCCUACACUACUGUUUUUUUUCUUACAUGUAAGAUUAGAUGAGACAUGAUGGUUAAUUUAGUAAUUUAGUAAGCUAGUUCAGUAGCAGUUGUAAAGAGGUCUGUAGUAUAUUGCAGAGCUGAUUUGAACAUCUACAGUAUUACUUUGGUCCCGUUUUAAGUCACAGGAACCUUCUGUUAUUUAGUCAUAAACAUGAAGCUUCAAAUCAUAAAAAAUUCAGUUUUAUUAUGCCUUGGCCAACACACUGUUGGUAGAGCAAUAAUCCAAUAAUCAUGUCAUUCAUCAAAUAGACAAAAAAGUUAUCUGAGUAUUGAGUUAGCAAAAAGUGCAACUUGGCUGACUUUUGAAAGCUCAAAAGGCCAUUGAAAAAGAAGUACUGUACUCCAUAUGAGAAGUAUUUACAUUUCCAAUUAAUCCAGAUACACAUUACCCAUUGAAACAAUAUGUCAAAAAGAGAAAAUGAACAUCUUUACAGAAUAGAUUUUCCUAUUUAGCUUUCGUCACAGCAGUUAUUGUCUAUGUUUUUUUGUUGUCAAUGUACAGAAUUGAGAAUAAUUAAGGAAUGCAGUAUUGCAUGAAAACGCUAAUGCAUGUAUUUAAUUAACUAUGCAAAUCUGCGGCUGGUAAAGUAGAAAGCAGAGCAUGGCUGGUAUAUUCCAUUGCUUAAUUUGCACACCAUUCCAAUAUUUAGAAAUUGUAAAUUGCAGAAUGUUUCAUCUGUACAGCUAAAAGGAUUAAAACUUUCAAAUCUCGCCUAUAUGAAAAUCUAUUUAAUGCCAUAAUUACUUUUAGCAUUCUACCAUUUAAUGUUUAUAUAUAUAUAUAUAUAAACAUUUCUCAUUAUUUUAUUUUUGAAUUCUGCUGAUCUGUGCUCUCUGGGUGCUCCUACCUAACUGGUAGGUUACUGUCUUUUUUGUUUCCUCAAGAUGUUUAAUUAUUACUGUUGUACACCAGCAGAAACAACACUAUGGAUGCGAUAAUCUCUAUGUGGUUACUAAAUAGCCUCAUGUAUGUAUGUAUGUAUGUAUGUAUGUAUGUAUUGUGAAAAAUCCUUCCAUUAGUUUACAGAAGUGAUACAUGUUGAAAUGUUCUCAGCUGCAUCAAAGAUGUGGUCGGUCUAAUAUAAAGACAACUCAAAAAACUAUAUAUAAAUAUAUAUACAUAUACAGUAUAUAGCUAAAUGCAAUAAAGAAAACUUGUGAAUUUGUAGUUUUAUAUUACAGUAUGUAAUGAACAAUGUUCAGUUAAUACUUUUUGUAGUAUUUACGCCACAUAAAUCAUUUCAGUCAUGAUGUGAUUUUUUUAAUUUGAAACAGGCAGUUUAUCAGCAAAGAAACGGCAACUUCCAAACAUGCUUUAAAGCAGCACCACUAUUUGUUUGUGAUAACUGGAGAAGUGGGUAUAAAACAUCAAUCACUCUAAUUGUUAAAAUGCACAUAGGAUUCCCUGCAGAAGUUAAUUAAGAUUAGAGAAUCAGUUCAUUGAGUUAUUGUUGUGAUACAGCUGUUUUGUUGUUAACAGAGUCACAAAAAGUUCCACUUUUAAAAGGUGAAACCAUUAAUUAACAUUAUCUGCAACAUGUUUUUGUAGAUGUUUUACCACUGAAUCAAAGUUGCAGUAACCACUAAAAUACCUAAAAUCCUACAUUUGAGCCACAGACACUGCAGAUGCUGAAGUUCUACAACCACACAGCUGCACGGACACACGUAAUAUUAAAGGACUUAAAAUAAGGAACUUCAAUUGUGAGUUUAGGCUAAAACAUAUUUUUGGACUUUUCUGAGGCAGAUAGUUUAAGCUUUUAAGCAUAUUUUUUUUAGAUGUAAACACUACAAACAGACGAUACUGAGACUUUUCAGAAGCCUGAAGCAAAACACAUUGCAGUGAAUAGUUUAUCUGUCUUUGGAUGAUGCAGAAACCAAGGAGCUGUGUAAUGAAUGAAUGUCAUGAGUCUGAUUUAGAUUUUUUUUUUUAUAAGCCAACAAAUAACACUACAGUGCUAAAUUCAUAGCACUUCUCUUCUAUGACUUUUUUUAUUAUGAUUUUUUUUAAUGUAUCAUUUAUAAACCAUUUUGUAAAAUAUUGUUGCAUUCAUUAAGAUUUUUUUUAAGGCUGUUUUACUGUAUUCCUUGUUGUACCAGGUUCAUGAGGUUAUAAUUGACAUACAAUUGACACUUGCAUUGUCUGAACUGGCCUAAUCAUUUUUUUAUUUUUUAUUUUUUUUUUUUA